UUGUGAAGAUAAAUUCAUUGAUGUUUGUGAAGCACCACAUACUAUUAUUAGGAAUACCAUAGAAUAGUAAUUAAUUUAAUAAUUCUGUUUUCUGAGCAGGUUUGACGGGUGUGCAGUAAAUAAGGUCUAGAGCCAUACAUGGAACAGUGAGGAGAAAACCAAAUAUUGAAUAGCUGCUUAUUAAGUGAUCAGUAUCCAUCCUCGGCACUGAAUCAGAGAAGGGUCGGUAGGAAAACAUAUAUGAUUGUGUAAUUAAAGACUGUUAUCAGAAGGCAUAUGCACAAAGAUAGUGCUAUUAUAAGGUGGGUGCAUAACUGGUUGGAAAAUCAUUCCUAGGGAGUAGUUAUCAGUGGUUCACAGUCACGCUGGAAGGGCAUAACGAGUGAGGUUCCACAGGGAUUGGUUCUGGGUCUGGUUCUGUUCAAUAUUUUCAUCAAUGAUUUAGAUAAUGGCAUAGAGAGUAUACUUAUAAAGUUUGUGGACGAUACCAAGCUGGAAGGGGUUGCAAGUGCUUUGGAAGUUAGGAUUAAAAUUCAAAAUGAUCUGGACAAACUGGUCUGGAGAAAUGGUCUGAAGUAAAUAGGAUGAAAUUCAAUAAGGACAAAUGCAAAAUACUCCACUUAGGAAGGAAUAAUCAGUUGCACGCGUACAAAAUGGGAAAUGACUGUCUGGGAAGGAGCACUGCAGAAAGGAAUCUGGGGGUCAUAGUGGAUCACAAGCUAAAUAUGAGUCAACAGUGUAUCGCUGUUGCAAAAAAAGCAAACAUCAUUGUGGGAUGUAUUAGCAGGAGUAUUGUAAGCAAGACACGAGAAGUAAUUCUCACACUCCAUGCUGAUUAGGUCUCAACUGGAGUACUGUGUCCAGUUCUGGGCGCCACAUUUCAGGAAAGAUGUGGACAAAUUGGAGAAAGUCCAGAGAAGAGCAACAAAAAUGAUGAAAGGUCUAGAAAACAUGACCUAUGAAAGAAGAUUGAAAACACUGGAUUUGUUUAGUCUGGAGAAGAGAAGACUGAGGUAUGUGCAGAACCUGGCUAAGAGACGGCAGCACAAGGACGAUUGUGAGGAGGAUGUGGACACAGACGUUCCUGAAAGCAUGGGAUGUGGCAACUGGGACAUCAUGGCAGCAGUGGGGCUGGUUGAUAAAGUGGAACGCCGAUUCUGGGCCCAGCAAACAAGCACAGACUGGUGGGACCGCAUAGUCUUUCAGGUAUGGGAUGAUUCCCAGUGGUUGCGAAACUUUCACAUACGUAAGGCCACUUUCCUGGAACUCUGUGAGUUGCUUUCCCCUUCCCUGAAGUGUAGGAAUACCAAGAUGAGAGCUGCCCUGACAGUUGAGAAGCAAGUGGCCAUAGCCCUGUGGAAGCUUGCAACACCUGACUGCUACCAGUCAGUCGGGAAUCAAUUUGGAGUUGGCAAAUCUACUGUGGGGACUGCAGUGAUUCAAGUAGCCAAUGCAAUCACUGACGUUCUGCUAUCAAGGGUAGUGACUCUGGGAAAUGUGCAGGUCAUAGUGGAUAGCUUUGCUGCAAUGGGUUUCCAUUACAGUGGGGUGAUAGGCGGAACCACCUUCCCAACCAGUACAUAAACCGCAAAGUGUACUUUUCAAUGGUGCUGCAAGCACUUGUAGAUCACAAGGGAUGUUUCACCGACAUCAACGUGGCAUGGCCAGGAAAGGUGCAUGACGCUCACAUCUUUAGAAACUCCGGGCUGUUUGAGCAACUGCAAGAAGGGAUUUACUUCCCAGACCAUAAAAUUACUGUUGGGGAUGUUGAAAUGCCAAUAGUUAUCCUUGGACCCACCCUACCACUUGCUCCCAUGGCUCAUGAAGUCAUACACAAGCAGCCUGCACAGUAAUAAGGAGCAGUUCAACUACAGGCUGAGCAAGUGCAGAAUGGCAGUAGAAUGUGUCUUUGGACGU